CUUUUUCUUCUGGCGAUUGCACAAAUUGAUAAAGGUGCAGUAAAACUGACGAUAACAUCUCGAAUAUAAGCCUGAGAAACAGGAAGGCUUGAACCUGUACUAACCCCGCAUGCAACAUGAAACUGAUCAUUGUGUCACUGUUGGCCAUUCAAGUCGUUUCCUGCAGAUGGCUACUACCCUGCAGAAGGGCAGAAGUCCAGCGCAUUUUGAAAGAGGCCGUGGAAGAUGUUGUAAGGAGUUUCGACUUACAUAGGAUAAAUGAGUUGAAUCGUACGUGUAGCAGUGGUAUUGUAGCCCAACUGCAAGAUGUACAGGAAGCUGUUGAACAUACGAGUCGUAAUGGCGACGUCGAUGAGUGUAUUCUACCAUUAGUUGCGCGCGUUGAGGAAGCACUCAAUUUGCAUGGAGUUAAUAUAGCAAGCAGGUGCCAAGCUGGCAAUAUCAAGUCCAUUUUUAGAGAUGCAGUCUCGCACACUCAGAGGUGCAUAAACAGACCUUUGGCUUCGUGCGAAUACAUAAGGAAGUGCGUCGCUGCUGAUAAUGGCGAGAGGAAGAAGCAUAUUGUACGGAUUGUUAAGGAAUAUACGGGAUGUGUCUUGGGCGAAUGCAGAGCAAUUCAAAGAGAUAUUCAGCGUAUCGUUUGGGAAAUUCGAGCCUGUGCUCUUGAGACUACUUCGGACGCCUCCACGCCUUCUAGUUGGGAUGACACAGGAGUCCCGUAUGAGCCAAAUUCCUCUAACUCCACGUCGGAUGAUUUGGAGGAGACAGAAGUUACGUCUGAUGAGGAUGACACACCUUCUACGUAGGUACACUUAAAUCGCAGCUAUGAAUCAGACUAUAAAAUGUAUAUUAUCAGCAGACAAUAAAACCUCAUACAAUUACUAUAAA